GUGGUGACUGCAACCGUCCAUUCUCAGGGAGGGAGGUGUUCAUAUAUAACAUCUGGAGUCUCUGCGUGCAUGUGUGCAUUCGGAGAAGUCCAUGACACAUCAAACCUCCCAACAUCAAUACCCCCUUGCAGAACAACAAAAACAACUUCUCCAUCCUAAAGUCCAACAUCAACAAAACCAACACAAUGGCAACCGUCAACACCACACCCCUAAGGAUCGCCAUCGCCUGCGACGAAGCCGGCCACGACUACAAAGAAGCCGUCAAGGAGGCCCUUGAAAACCACCCGCUCGUGGAAUCCGUCACAGACGUCGGCGUCGACUCGCCGGCUGACAAAACCGCCUACCCCCAUCCCGCCGUCCACGCAUCUCUGCUCGUCCGCGCCGGCCAAGUGGACCGCGCGCUAUUGAUCUGCGGGACCGGGAUGGGCGUCGCCAUCUCCGCGAACAAGGUCCCCGGCAUCCGGGCGGUGUCCGCGCAUGACCCGUUCAGCGUGGAGCGGUCGGUGCUCAGCAACAAUGCGCAGGUUCUGUGCUUUGGGCAGAGGGUGAUCGGGGUGGAGUUGGCGAAGAAGUUGGCGUCGGAGUGGGUGCAGCAUCGGUUCGAUCCGAAGAGUGCCAGUGCGCAGAAGAUUGAGACGAUCCAUAAUUAUGAGAGGGAUUUGGUGGGGGUUGCGGCGUCAUAGAAUUGUUAUAUCAUACUGUAAUCAUAUCAUACUGUAAUGAAGAGGGAAGAAAGCGAUCUCCCUUGAAGUUGUCACCAGAGCUGAAUAGUCCGCGAGGCUGACCAUGUAAGAGAAUUGGCUACCACAACCGUAACAGCAAAAGAUCAAGACAUAACCAGGAAUAGACGUAAUGCAACGUGCGAAUAAGCCAGACACUGUAAGAAAAAACACCUUACAGCCAAGUAGAAAGUAGAAAAUAGAAAAACAUAAGCCCAACGCGGGGGUCGAACCCGCAACCUUGAGAUUAAGAGUCUCACGCUCUGCCGAUUGAGCUAGCCAGGC